AUGCUAAAAGCGGUAAAACUGUGUCGUUUUGAGCGCUAUUAUGACUCUUCAGAUCCAUUUGACUUAUUUCACUUCCCUCUCACUUCACGCUUCUCACAUUUUCCCAAAAAAAUGUCGUCGUGCCAAAAAUCGCACCGGCGGCGGCUUCCUCAAAUCAACACGAGACAACAUAUUUCGACCUCAAUCUCACUUCAGUUUAAACCCCUAAACAUGGAUCUAGCCUUAGAUUUUGUUAAUUCCUCCUCAAUCAACGGGAUCAAAGAUCCAGAAAGCACAAACUCUACUACGUUAAGGACACACUCGAAUUGGAGAAGUUUGAUGCAAUCAAUGUUGAUUUAG